AGGAUUGAUGUGAACUCACCCGGAUUCACCGCCCACACGCGCGCGCAGGAGACUGACCGGAUCUGAGCGGUUCCUCCGCACUGCUAAAGUUACUGAAACUUCACCAAACACUUUCAAACCCGUUCAACCGGGCGUCACGGUCCUUUUCCCAUCAGUCUUUGUUUAUUAUGGUACACUGAGAGUUUUUAGCCAUGCGUGUGGAGCUGAGUUUGGUGUGUGUGGCGGUAAUGUGCAUUUUCAAACAGACGAGCUCGUGUUUAAUAAUCAGCGAGGUCAACUGCGACAAUCCCAAACUGGACACUCAGGAAUUUGUGGAGCUGUACUAUGAAGGUACGAAUCCUACUUCUCUGGAUGGAUACACGCUUGUGUUCUACAAUGGCAAAGGAGACUCGGCGUACCGGAUCAUCGAUCUGAGUGGACAUCACACGGAUCAGCGAGGUUUUUUCGUAGUUGGCUCUUCUGAACUGACUCCUCAUCCAGCCAUCUUUCUUCCACCCAACUCCGUUCAGAACGGGCCCGACGCCAUCGCGCUCUACGGCCCCAACUGGGCACCGGUUGCCGAAGGGGGACUGGUUUCAGGAGUGGGGUUGCUGGACGCCGUUGUAUACACUUCAGGAAAAUCCAGAGACGGCGCCGACGGCCUUGCGUCCGUUCUGACUCCCGGCUCAGUCCCGUACGUGGAGGAUGAGGCGGCUCUGGAGGGGGACGAGUCCAUUCAGCGCUGCUGGCAGUCGGAAAACUUGUGGUCAUUCUACACCGGCCCGCCGACCCCUGCGUGGGUCAAUCACUGCCCGCCGCCGACCCCUGCAGAGGUCUGGAUCAGUGAAAUCAACCUCGGCGGGUCGGGCCAUGUGGAACUCAGUGUUGGCAUGGCAACUGGAUCAUUUUCUUUGGUGCUUUAUGAUGUUACUACGGAUCUGAUUAGCACGAGUCUGGAGUUCAUUGCAAAAGAGCCUGGAAUAUUCGCCGUACCCGUGAAUACUACGAGUUUGUCAGGGCCACAAAGUGCAGCAUUGGCGUUGUAUAAAGGCCCGGUAUCAGACCUCCCUAAGGACGGCCCCCUCAGCCACAAACAGCCAAUCGAUGCCUUUGUUUACGGUGACUCUGCCCACAUGCCCAGUGACAAUCUCACAGAGACACUCAUACCAGGGAGAAAACCUUUCAUACUCACAGAGAGUUUUCUCACAGCAGGUCUUCAUGUCAGUCGCUGUGGUGUUGCCGAAUGGACGAGAGAUCCGGGACUGUUUGUAACAAGGCCCCGGAGUCCCGGAAAACCCAAUGACUGUGUUUGGUUUCAGUCCUGCCCGCUUAACAUGACCUCUUUCACAGAGUCAGGACGGAUCCAGCCCCCGAUUCAUAGCGAUGUCGAUUUCCUGCUUAACGAGAUCAACACUGACUCACCAGGAGGAGCCGAGGACGAGGAGUUUAUAGAGUUGUGGCAUCCGUCUGGCUUCCGGAUGUCGCUGGAUUUCAUCUGGCUGGUGAUGAUCAAUGGUCAGACUGGAAUGGUGUACUAUGAGCUGGAGCUGAAUGGAUAUUACUCAGAUGAUGACGGGUACUUCCUGAUUGGCAGUUCGAAGGUCGGCCCUGACAUUAGGAUCCCAUCGAACAUUAUUCAGAACGGACCGGAUGCCAUAGUGUUAUAUCGCAGCAAGUCUCCGCCCUCUAAAGAGGGUCAGAAUAUUCCCAAAAGCGGUUUGCUGGAUGCGGUGGUCUACCGCAAUCGUGGGUCUGAUAAAAAGGUUUCGGAGCUCACGGAAGCGCUGACACCAGGACAGCUCCCUCUGCUGGAGGACAUCAGUGCGCUACCCGCUGACGAGACCCUCAGUCGAUGUGGAGCCGAGAGACUCGACCUCAAUGCUUUCAGGGUCACUUCUCCCACACCAAGGAAGCAGAAUAACUGUCCUCCCAAACCCACCAUGCCUCCGCCUCCUGAGGGUCUCGUCAUCAAUGAAUGGAGCAAGACCUUGCUGGUAAACCAGUCUCAGGAGAGUUUAUUUGUGGAGCUGAUUGGCCCGCCGUCGACUCCACUGAAUGGACUUGUUUUGGUGUUUUUUGGGGAAGACGCUACAGAAUGGAGCGUCCCGCUCACUGGCAGCACAGGAAGUGACGGGCUCUAUCUGGUCGCCAAUGAUUCUCGCGCAGAUCAGGGUUUGCCAGCGCUGGGUCAUUUGGGUGCAGUGCUGUUGUGUUUUGAGCCGUCAGGAUCAGGGUUUUGUGGGAGCAACUCACGUCAUUUGGACGGUCUAGUUUUUUCCAAUGACCCAAAGUUACAGGGAAUUCUCCAGCUCAACACGACACACUUCUUAUACACACUCUUCAGUGCGGCUUCUUUAUCUCGAUGUGCAUCAGACGGGCCCGUUCUCUGGAUCGCAUCCCAGCCAACUCCACGCCUGCCGAACCACUGCCCGAGUCCCGCCUUCUCCAGCUCUGCGGCUCUGUGCCUGCAGCCGGACAAUAAUAACUGGCAGAGCGGAUCGGGGAAUUGUGCCCAGGAGGAGUUUGCUGUUUUAUUAGAGCGCUUGUGUAACUGUGGGAUCUCAAGCUUACAUGUUAAAGGUGUGAAUGUGUCCUGUGAGGCGGGUCGGUUUUACGCUCAGGGAUCUGUUCUUGCUGUUUCUGACCAACAGAGAGAGCGAAUCAAUGAGAUACUGAGUGACAACAAGCUCUCGUGUUCAGCUGAACAGGAGCGACAGGUUCAUGGAGCAGGGUCGUCAGUCGCUCUGCAGGUCGGGCUUGUGCUCGCGACGCUCCUGCUGUUCGCACUGGGUGCUGCACUCUUUGUCUUCUUGUACAAAAAAAGGUGA